AUGUCACUCUUCACUCCUGCUAAUCGCAAAGUCAAGUUUCAUUGUCGCUGUACAAUCCACGAACUCUCAAAUUUGCCCUAUGUGUCUGGUCUCUACUUUGCCAAAUGGAAACUAACUUCUGGCAGUGCUGCUAAAGGAUCUACUCAAAGAUCAACAGUCAAGGACCAUCAAGUGGUUUGGAAUAACGAGUUUGAAUUUGAAGUCACCCUCAUAAUUGGAAAAGAAGACAUGAUGCUACAAUCAUCAGAUCUACGAAUCAGUGAGAUUGUGGGAACUCGAAAUACGGAAAAGGUUGGAAUUGUGUUGCUGAAUCUGGCCGAGGCUGCAGGACAAAAAACGCUUUCUCGAAAAAUACUAUUGCAAGAAACUAAACUCAACUCUAUACUAAGGGUUACAUUGCAUAUGGAAUUGAUCAAGGGCGAUUCUUCCACAUUUCACACCCCUACUGUCAAAUCGCGCACUGGAUUGGAAUCUCCGUUGGACGCCGUCCGCGGAGAAACCUUGGAACGACGGAUAACUCAAGAGCCAGGCGCAUUUCCAGUUGAAACUGAAUCGACAUCGGUGCUUCAACGAUUAAGCACUAUUGGUAGUUCUGAACAUGCUGAAGUUAUUGAUCAGAUAUUUGCCAAUGCAAACAGGGCGUAG